AUGAACCCAUACGUACUUGCAAUCCUACUAUCCAGCCUGGGAUUAGGAACUACCCUAACCUUUGCCAGCUCCCACUGACUUUUAGCCUGAAUGGGCCUAGAAAUUAAUACACUAGCAAUCGCCCCACUAAUAGCACAGCACCACCACCCCCGUGCAGUAGAAGCAACCACUAAAUACUUCUUAACCCAAGCCACCGCAGCAGCAAUGAUCCUGUUCGCAAGCACAACAAAUGCCUGAAUAACAGGAGAAUGAAGCAUCAGCAACCUAUCAAACCCCCUCGCCAGCACAAUAUUUGUAGCCGCUUUAGCACUUAAAAUUGGACUCGCACCAGUACACUUCUGAAUGCCAGAAGUCCUACAAGGACUAGACCUCUUAACAGGCCUAAUCUUAUCCACCUGACAAAAACUAGCCCCAUUUGCACUAAUUAUCCAAACAGCACAUAACGUUGACCCGCUUCUACUAACACUGCUGGGUGUUACAUCAACACUAGUUGGAGGAUGAGGGGGACUAAAUCAAACCCAGCUACGAAAAAUCUUAGCUUACUCCUCAAUCGCCCAUAUAGGAUGAAUAAUUAUCGUAAUCCAGUACAGUCCACAACUUACCCUACUCGCACUAGGAAUAUAUAUCAUCAUAACCUCAGCAACAUUCCUAACCCUAAAAAUAUCACUAACAACCAAAAUUAACACACUCGCAACAACUUGAUCAAAAAACCCUGUACUCGCAUCAACAACCGCCCUGGUCUUACUAUCACUAGGCGGUCUUCCACCACUUACAGGAUUUAUACCAAAAUGAAUAAUUCUUCAAGAACUAACAAAACAAAACCUACCCAUUAUCGCCACAACAAUAGCUCUAGCCGCACUAAUUAGCCUGUACUUCUACCUACGACUGUGUUACGCAAUGACACUAACCGUCUCCCCCAACACAACCAACUCAACUACCCCUUGACGAACCCAAACAACUCAGACCUCCCUACCACUCGCCCUAUUUAUCACGGCCACCCUAGGACUGCUGCCUAUGACCCCAGCCAUCCUAAUACUAACCACCU